AGUGAAGAAGCACACAAUUAGCUUAUUGUUUCUUUCUGUAUUGUGCUGAGACGUUCUAAGAGAUUGGUGGGGGAACAGACAAGCCAGGCAUCACUGUGGAGUUGAAGAAGGGAUUUACUCAGACCUCGGCAUCUUCACUUGCUCGCUCUGGAAUUACAGCUAUUUAUUACGAAGUGCCCUGUGUGGCUGGGUGGAGUGUGCCUGAGGAAACACAUCCCAGACACCACCUGGGGUUAGUCUUUCUGAGCCCUUCCAGUCUCUGACUAAUUCUCGUCAUUAUCAUGGAGCCCAACAGUCCCAAAAAGAUACAAUUUGCUGUGCCUUUAUUCCAGAGUCAGAUUGCACCUGAAGCAGCAGAGCAGAUCAGAAAAAGAAGACCUACACCAGCAUCGCUUGUGAUUCUCAAUGAACAUAAUCCCCCAGAAAUAGAUGACAAGAGGGUGACCAACACCCAAGCCGAAUCACAAAAUGCAUCCCCAAAGCAAAGGAAGCAGAGCGUGUACACACCACCGGCCAUGAAAGGUACUGUUCAGGUACUGUUUCGGGUUGCUGUGAGUGUUGAGUUCAUGGCUGGCAGGCUGUCUCUUUUCAUUGACCAUAUGCUUGAUUAUAAGCUUGAUCUAGUCUUAGCUCUACAACUUGAUAAUGUGACUUUCAAUAAGAUAUUUUACCCAUUUAAAACUUAG